AUGAAUUUUACGCCUGUGGCGAACUCUACCGCCUCGUACUGGCUCUCGGAGCCGCACCGACUAGCCAGCUUCUGCUCCUCCGCAACCGUCCCCAAGCAGGUCGACAUUGCCAUUAUCGGCACGGGCCUCGCUGGUGUUGCCACCGCCUACCAUAUCCUCAAGAACAGUGAUCCCCAAAAGCGUCCAUCCAUCACGUUGAUCGAGGCGCGGGAUGCCUGCUCAGGAGCAACGGCGCGCAACGGCGGCCACAUCAAGAUCAAGCUCGCGUCGCUCAAGGACUGGUACGAGAAGCAUGGCGUCGAUGCCGCCGCGGAGCUGGUUGCGUGGUCGGAAGCGCAGCGACACUGCUUGCAAAAGAUUGCCGAGGAAGAAGGUAUCGAGUGCGAGUUUCAGGUCCGGCGGUCGUUUGACAUGCUCUUUGACGAGGAGCAUGCGGUUGGAUUGAAGAGCUGGUUGACUACGCGUCAGAAGAAGGGCGUUACCUGGCUGAAGGAUAUGCAGUGGGUAGAAGGGCCGUAUCUCGAUAGGAUUACCGGCGUGAAAGGCGCUGUUGGUGCCUUUAGCUCUCCGGCCAUUUCGCUGUGGCCGUACAAAUUCGUGAUUGGUCUCCUCGAGCGUGUCAUUGAGCUCGGGGCCACUCUACACACCAAUACACCCGUCGAAUCCAUUCAAAACCCGAAUACUGAAGGCUCACCCGUGAUCCUGUCAACAUCAAGAGGCGAGGUCCGCGCUAACAAGGUCGUGUAUGCCUCCAACGGCUACGUCGCCGGUCUCCUCCCGCAAUACCGCCGCGUCAUCGUGCCCAUCCUCGGCCAAAACUCGAGAAUCGUCCCCAACCAAGCCACCCUCGACCGACUGUCAACCAUCGCCACCACGUUCAACUUCCACUACAGCACGGCGUGGGUCGACUAUCUCAAUCCUCGCCCCGACGGCGCCGUCAUCCACGGCGGCGGCGGCCGGAGCUUGGCGCCUGACGAUCGCAGUGGUAAAGGGCUCAACUCGAGGUUCAACUCGGUGGACGAUUCUCGAUUGCUCAAUGAUCAGGUGGCGGAGGAUUUCCGGGCUUUUGAUGAGCAGCAUUUCUAUGGAUGGGAAAACAGCGAGGCCAAGGUCGGCUCGACAUGGACUGGUGUCAUGGGAAUCACGAAAGACGGCCUUCCUCAUGCUGGAAGGGUCCCAGGGACCAGCAACCAGUGGAUUCUGGCAAGGUUCAACGGCGGUGGCAUGUUGCUGAUACCGACCAUGACGCAGGGCAUCGCGAAGAUGGUGGCGCAGGGUGAAGAGCUGGAAGAUACAAAUAUACCAGCGCAGUUCAAAACGACAGAAGCAAGGCUGUCUAAUAUUUUUACUGAGAUUUCGGAAUAG